AAUUUCUUGGUAUUGCUGCAGCGGUCGACAUGGGUUUGUGGUGGCAAUAACAGGCAUAGAGAACAUUGGGAAAGGAUUAAUCCGAGAUGGAACAGGAUUUGUGACAUUUCCAGUGGAGUACCAGUGUGUUGUGUUCAGGCCUUUUAAAGGAGAGAUUUUGGAAGCCGUUGUUACCAUGGUAAACAAGAUGGGGUUUUUUGCAGAAGCUGGACCAGUUCAAAUUUUUGUUUCAAACCAUCUAAUACCUGAUGAUAUGGAGUUCCAGUCUGGAGAUAUGCCAAGUUAUACAACUUCGGAUGGAUCAGUUAAGAUUCAGAAGGAUAGUGAAGUGCGAUUGAAGAUAAUAGGGACUCGAGUUGAUGCUACAGAAAUUUUUUGCAUUGGUACCAUAAAGGAUGAUUUCCUGGGCGUGAUAAAUGAUCCAGCAACUGCUUAGUGGAGUUGUGUACCAGAAACUUCAAUUGCAUCAAACUUUCCUGCAUGCAAUACAUUCUCUUCUUACUGCUUGUUAUAUAGUUUAUGAAUUUUUCUUCUCAACUCGGAUCUUAAGAAAUACUAAUACAUUGACAUGUUGAGUAUUUUCUUUCCCAGGCAAUUGAAAUUAGAACGGUGCAAAGUCAUAUUUCAUUUGGAA